AUGACGGCCAUUUGCUCUCCUGAACUGCCGGAGUUGACAAAGUUGGCAGAAGUGACGCAAUCACCCCCACCUACAGCCCACUUAAAACCCACAGCUUCUGUCCCACUACCCAGACCCACGUACCUACAACUCACCCUCGUAACACAGCAUCCCGCCCACCUCAUCCUAUGCCCACCCAAAACCCACGCCCACUCCCAAUCCACGCCCACCCUCAACCCAAGCUCACUCUCAACCCACGCCCACCCAAAACCCCACGUCCACUCCCAACUCACGCCCACCCACAACCCAUGCCCACCCUCAACCCGCGCCCACCCACAACUCACGCCCACCCUCAACCCACGCCCACUCACAACCCACGCCCACCCACAACCCAUUUAUACCUACCCACAACCCACGCCCACCCACAACCCAUUUAUACCUACCCACAACCCACGCCCACCCACCCAACACUUCCUCCAGGACAAAAGCUGCCCAUCUGUCCUCCUCCGCCUGACAGAAUAA